AUGAAGCGUCCAUCAUCAGGACCAAGGGAGCUUACGCCAACCAUAGUUCGCUCCAUUGAAGAGGCUGACAAGCCAGCUAAAAGGGGUAUGAAGACUGAUACUCAGAAGGAUGGACCUGUCUCUAAACCAACCAAGGGGAAAACCCCCAAGAAGCGAAAGUCUAACAAGGCUGCAACAUCACAGGCUCAACCGAAGAAACAGAAGAAGCCCGCUAGGAGGCUUAUUCUACAAUCCUCAAGUGAUUUAGAUUCAGAGUAUGUUCCUCCUAAACAUAAGAACGCUUCUCCUUCAGAAUCUGAGAGCGAAAGCUCUGAUGAUGAGGCUUCAGGCCGAGGUGAUACUCUGCCUCGCUCCCCUACCCUAGAAAUUCCAGUUCGCUCUCACCCUCCUUCACCUCCACCUGUAGCCAUCCCAGCUGCUGCUGCAAAGAACGCUCAAACCGUCAAUGCUUCAGUGGAGAACCUUCAACAAUCUCUUCAAUCUGAACGUUCCAACCUUGAAGCUGCACGCCUGGCCAUUGAAGCAGCCAACGAAACUCUACAUGCUAACGUCAAUGACCGAUUGAAUCAACUGGAGGCUGAGUUAGCUGUAGAGAAUCGUAUUAUGGAUGAGCUAGACAGGCGCACCUCACAGCUGAAAAUGAAAAACUACAAGCUGCGUACUGCUACUACUGAGGUUAAUGACCUAAAGUCAGAAAGGGAGGUCAUUCGGAGUUCUGCUGCUGAUGUUCAUUCCAUCCUCCUUCAUCUCCUUGAGGCUCACGAUCCUAUCAUCACCAUAACCAUCAGGCGCCAUCUGGCAGACAAGCUCAAACCAGCAUUGGAUAUCCUUAGUCGUAUUGAGGGUGUUCCGGUGUCUGGGGUCCAGCCAAAACAAUGGGGAGAGAAGGUGACAACUCAACCUCCUUCUGGACCGAAACCAUCUACUGAACCGAAGGGUAAUGAAGCUUCGGUCAGUAACAAGGAGAAAAAGAAGAAGAAAAUUGGCGAGGAUGACACAGACAAUGAGGAUGAUGUCUAUGUGGAGAAUUCUAAGAAUCCCUUUCAGAAGGUAAAGCCCUCUGAAAAGGAAAUGGAAGAAAGCUACAAGAAACAAAAAGCUGAGCUCGAGCAGAAACAAAAGGAGGCAGAGCUCCUAGAGAAGAAAAAGUCCAUGUUUCCUGUCUGGACUAUAGAUUCACUUUAA